UUUUUUUUUUCUCUUUUUAUUACUAUUAUUAUUAUUAUUUUGGAUGGAUAUUAAAGCAACACGCCAUACUUCUACUAACCUAGAAGAAAUUAAUGAACGUAUUGAACGCAUAUUAAAAGAUCCUUCUACAUUGGAAAAUGAUAAAUCAAUUGAUCUUUAUUCAUUAACCUUACCUGAAUUGAAAGCUUUUGCUGAACAAGGUGGAUUGGGUGCUUGUGUUUCUAAAACAGAUGUUUUGGCUGAAACUUCUGAAGAUCUCAUGUAUCUCUCUGGCGAACGUAUUAUUGUUUUGAAACAUAUUGAAGACGAUUUUUAUUUGGGAUAUUGUGAAGGUGUUAUUGGACGCUUCAAUGCGGAAAAUGUCCAUUUUGUAGAAUUAGACCCUCGCGUUUUAGAUUCUUUAGAUGGUGGUGGAUUGGAUAUGGAAUCACUUGGAGUACGAUCCUCUAUGGACCAUGGUGAUAUAAUGACUGAUGAACGAUUAAGACCUAGACGAUCUAUGCAAUCUUAUCAAUCAUCUACUUCUGAACAAUAUUCUUCCCCAACUCAUGAUAUAUCAAACGGUACUUCUCAUGGAAAACAAGCUUGGCUUGGUCGUUCUAGUAUGGAUAGUUUAUUGACCACAUCAACUACGUCUGGUAUGAGUCAUCUUUAUGAUCCGGCACGUGUUUAUCGUUCUAGUUACUUGAAAUCAACAACAGUACCAGAAACCAUGGAAACAUAUGAUACUUCAGCAUUUAAUGACAACUAUUCCAAUGAAUCGGAUGAUGAAAACAAUGACUAUGCAAUUCCUGAUACAUCGAAACAUACAACAGCAACAACAACAAAUAAGCAAAGAUUUACACCUUAUGAUACUACACCGAUUGACAAUUCAAAUAGUAAUACAUUCUCAUUAACUUCAGCCACCAGAGGUUCAAGAUUAGCAAAAUAUCAAGCAACUUUUGAUAGUGAUGAUGGGGAUGAUGAGGAUAAUGCUGAUCAUUUGGGUGAUGAUAGUGGUAUCUCUUCGAAAAAUAGUAGUAAACCAUCAAUAUCUCCAACAAAUCAAGGUGGUGUGGCCAUGACUUCAAUGCCUUCUGUAGAUGAAAAUGGAUUUAUUAUCAACAAGAUGGAUAUGAAUAAACAACAACGAUCUCCAAGCUCAAAGUCCAAUCUAUCAGUAAAAUCAAUGAAACAUUAUCGGGAACGUGAAGUGAAAUGGUUAUCCAUUGUCAGCAAAUUGGAUGCAGGAUCGGUGAAAAAGGAUGCUAAACUCAAGAAAUUAGUACGAAGUGGUAUUCCAACCUCUGUUCGAGCGCGUGUAUGGCAAUUCUUAGCUGGAAGUGGUGAUUAUCAAAAACAAGGAAAAAACCAACUCGAUACAUUAAUCAAUCAACCUUAUACUGCUAUUUAUGAUGUGAUUGAUCGAGAUAUUCCACGGUGUUAUCCAGAUCAUACGCUUUUCAAGGAUGAACAUAGUCAAGGACAAGCAGAUCUUCGUACGAUCUUAAGAGCUUAUGCUCAAUAUAAUCCUCAAUUGGAAUAUUGUCAAGGUAUGGGAAGAUUGGCUGGAUGUAUGUUAAUGCAUAUGCCAUUAGAGGAUGCUUUUUGGCUUUUGGUAUGUACAAUUGAUCGAUAUAUGAAUGGUUACUUUACACCUGAACUAUCUCAACUUCGGAUCGACGCUUAUAUUAUUGGUCAAUUACUUAAAGAUCAUGAACCUAAAUUGGCUCAACAUUUGGAAAACAAUGAUGUAACUCCCAUCAUGUAUAUUGCUCAAUGGUUUUUGACUGCAUUUACAAUGACUCUUCCAUGGAAUUCUGUGUUACGUGUCUGGGAUGUAUUUUAUUUUGAAGGUGUCAAAGUAUUUUAUAGAAUCAGCUUGGCUAUAUUACAACUAUGCAAAGAUCAUCUCCUGCAAUCAUGUCCCACCAAUUCUGAAAUCCUUGCAUUUUUAUUACAUAUACCACAUGAUUAUUUGACAGCGGAUGUUUUAUUGGAUACAGCAUUUCAUAUCAAACUGUCAAAGACCGACAUUGAACGAUACGCCAAGAAAGCCACUUUGAAUGGAGCCGAUGCAAUGGGAUUACCUUUUGAACAUGGAUUGAAAAAUUUACGUGUGGGCACCAACUUAUCAAGCAAUAGUAUUGGAAGUACUUUGAAGGAUAAAAUCAAGAAAAAGAGCUCAUCUAUGAACUUGAAGGAUCAAGCCACUACUUCAUCACCAUCACCACCAUUACCAACAUCAUUAUCAUCUUUCGGAUCAUCUUAAAUAAAUGAAUGACAUACUGUUAGUUAGUUUUUACCUUUUAGUUUAUACCCUACCCACUUGUUUUCUAUAUUUAGUUUUAUCUUCAAGUCUUACUCUUUUUUUUUUUUUCUUUUAAUAAACACCCUGAUCAUCCCCUG